AGCACGCGCUGCCGCAGCAAUGUUGAUAGCUAGCUAGCUGGAUUAUUAAUAGCGAGCUAAGUGGCUAACGGUUAGCUUAGCUGAGAAUCUUUAGCGCUAGCUGCUGUCGGAGGAUUCAAUGUGUGGAGAUCUGCGCCCGAGCUGCCUCCGCGUCUGAGCCGCACUCAGGCCACCGACACGGGGGAACAGACACGGCGACGACCCGCAGCUCCGGACUGCACGGCAGGAUGAAGCCGAGCUUCUCUGGAUCUCAUCUGACAGACGUUGACGAAGGGGCCGAUCUUCUGAAUCCUGCUCAGCUCGUCCUCUCUCCGCUUCCAUUUCCGGGCAGAAACUCAUAUUUUUUUGUUGAAACACUAAAAUAUUGAAUUGCACAAAAUAAUGUAGCAGAAGUCUGUGGAGUUGUUUGACCUCAUGGUUCAUGGGUCUGGAACGUCGUCUUUUUAACGUUUCACAUGAAGUUCAGACUUCUCUUCACAUUAAUCUGUAAAUUAUCAGACCGAUGUGACUCCGUCAGUUUCCUGUGCAUCACUUCCGGUCUCUGUUGAAUGUUUAACGUUAACUGAACCCCUCCCUCCCCUCCCCUCCCCCUGUCCGUAGGAUGAACGGCUCUCUUUUAACCCCGCCCAGCCCGCGGGCGGCAAACUCCUCUCCGUUACCUCCCUCACCCUCCCCAUCUCCAUCUCCUCCAUCUCCCUCUAUGCUGCCCCUGUCCCCGCGGCCACCCCUCCCGCCUCUCGUGAGCCCUCCACCCCAGGCCCACCCCUCCUCCCUCUCAGACACCCCCACUCCCUCCCCCUCGCCUUGCCUGAGCUGGACCGAAUUCUGUGAGCUUCAUGCACGCGUUGCAGCCGGUGACUUUGCACGUCACUUUCGGGCUUUUCUCCAGGAGAAUCCCCACUACUCCCCCGACUCAGCCGCCGCCUUCUGCCGGCGCUUUACCGACCGCUUUGUUCGUCACUUCCAGAGCGAACUGGAGGGGGCGCUCCUGCCCAGUUGUGCUUCUGGGAGGGACGAAAUGAUGAGCUGGGCACCCCAGUCCGAUGCGACCUCGCUGGAAGAGGAGGCGGUCUCGCCCCUCUCAGCAACGGGGGGCGUGGUCCUCCCGUGCCCCCCAACCAGCAUGAUGCGGGCUUUGUCCAAGCCUGCGCCCACACGGCUGGUGUUGGAGAACCGCACCGGGGACCGGUUUCAAGAUUCCUAUGUCCACGGCCAAGUCCUCCCGCCAUCGUCCUCUUCGUCGUGCUGCUCAUCAGUGGGAGGGAACAACGGCAGGCGUGAAGAGAGGGGGGCCAUGAUCGCCCCUGGGAAUGGGGAAGCACCCGUUGAGGAAGAGGAGGACAGCUGGCUUGGAGUGUCGUCUGUUGGAGAGGACGUUGAUCCAGAAGAGCGGGAAGCAGAGUCUACAGAGGUGGAUAAUGCUGACUCCUCCCACACUUCUCAGAUUCCACCUUCCCCUUCCUCCGUCACUCCUCCGCCUGACUCCAAAGGUAACGGCACGCCCAACUCCUCCAAAAACAAACUGAAAAAGCGUUUUUCCCUGCGGAGUGUGGGUCGCAGUGUUCGGGGGAGCGUCCGCGGCAUCCUGCACUGGAGAAGCUCCUCCAGCGACUCGGCCCAGAGCCAGCUGCCCUCCAGCUACAGCUACACUAUGGGUGUGCAGGACGCUACUUUGGUUUCAACCUCCAAGAGGAACUCUGGUACGCAGCCCCCCACACCCACCUCCUCCAUGCCAGUCUCUCUGUCCAUGCCCCUUUCCCUCCCCCACUCCUCUUCCUCCUCUCUGCCUCCCUCGUCUUCAAGCAGCGCCACCUCUCUGUCUCUGUCUGAGGCUGCUCGAGAUCGGCGGCGUAGCAACGGGGAAGGAGGCGAGAAGGAGAAGUGGAGUCAUCGGCUGGAGAAGCUCAGACUGUCGCGAUCCCCUCCUCCUCUCCUCACCCCCACCACUUCCUGCCCUCACUCCACCUCCUCCACGCUGCCUCCGAGCAGCGCCGCCGCCGCUGCCAUGGGGCCGCCUAGGAGGGUGGGCCGACUGGUGCGGGAGGGAGGGGUGAGCGUCAGCUCGUCCAGCGACGAGUUAAGUGGCAGCCACGGCUUCUCCGGCUUCUCAUUCAGUUUGUUGCAUCACGGUACGGACAACAACAACGCUGCCUCAGCUUCAUCUGCAGCCGCUCAGACGGGUCCAGUGCAGCCUCUGGCCAGCGGAGGGAACAUGCCCUGGAGAGGAGGACGCUGGCACAAGUGUCGUCUGGUCCUCAGAGAGCGGGACAGAGAAGGCGGUGAGCGGGGAGAGGAGUACUACCUGGAAUUCUUCAUUCCACCUAAAUCGUCGAAGCCCCGGCUGACUGUACCGUGCUGCUCCAUCGUGGAUGUGAGGAGCACCACAGCGCUGGAGGUCCCAGACAAGGAGAACACGUUUCUGCUGCAGCUGGAAGCGUCGGCGCAGUAUGUGAUUGAGACACGAGACGCUGUUCAGAUGAGAGCCUGGCUGAGCGACAUCAGGAACGGCAUCUGUCUCAGCGAGCAGGACGAUGCUGAGGGUGUGUGUGGUGGCCCGUUAGACAUCAGUGGAACUCCUGAGAUUGUCGACCGUCUUUCACAAGUGUGUUACGGAGGCAUCGGAGGCUCGUCACCUCUGAUGGAUCCUCUUCCACCGGAGCUGCCGCCUCGAGCCCCUCUCGACGAACCAGACGGACGGAUUCUUGGUGGAGGCGGGGCUAGUCUGGGCACACCCUUUGCAGAGACGCCAGAUGCCACAGGGUCCUUCCUGUUCUCUGAGGUGACGCCGUCUGAUGCCGUGGAGCACCCCCUCAGCGAGUGUCAGUGGUUUCACGGUACCCUGUCCCGCCUCAAAGCUGCUCAGCUGGUGUUGGCCGGAGGCCCGGCGAGCCACGGCGUCUUUCUGGUUCGCCAGAGCGAGACACGGCGUGGAGAAUAUGUCCUCACCUUUAACUUCCAGGGCAAAGCCAAGCACCUCCGUCUGUCGCUGAACGAGGACGGUCAGUGCCGGGUGCAGCACCUCUGGUUCCAGUCCAUCUUCGACAUGUUGGAGCACUUCCGGGUGCACCCGAUCCCUCUGGAGUCUGGCGGAGCCUCAGACGUCACGCUCAUCAGCUUCGUGGGUGCCACCGCCGUUCGCCAGCCAGACUUGACCAGCAGACCCCGUAGCCCUCCUCAGCCUCCUCCCCUGCCGCCGGGCCGGCCGCCGCCACCAACUCCGCCACAGGAAAGAGGAAAUGAGACAGAGAUGGGAGGAGGAGCGGGAGGAGGAGCGGGAGGAGGAGGAGCAGCAACAGCGACUGUGGUGACCAUGGCAACGACAGGAGGAGGAGGAGGAAGCGGAGGCAGCGGAGGUGGAAGUGGAGGAGGAGUGGAGGACUGGGAGGAGAGGGACAGGGACACUCCUCUCCGCCAGCUGGAAGCUGUGGAGGGAGAAGAGAGGGACGGAGCGAGGGCACCCAGAGCCAUCGAUAACCAGUACUCCUUCUUCUGAUGAAGGGAAGGCCAGGAGGAGGAGUGUGUGUGUUUGUGUAUCGACCGAGUGUGUGAGUGAGUGAAAGUGAGAUUGGAUGAGGCGGUGUACAUCAGCCAUUCAUAACCAGUAUUUUUAUUUCGUUAGCGAGCUGGAGGAGAAGAGGAGGAGGAGUAAACUAACACUAUAAGACAGAGAGAGGGUGAGAGCAGCUUUACAACACUAACUUCGUGGUACAUUUCUUUCAAAUUGUUCUCAUCAGAUGUUUGUUUUUGUCGGUACGCCUCGCAGCAGCGUCUGCUCUGUCUCAUGUGCACGUGGACAGAAGUGAGUGUUGUCCUCACUGUUGUCCUGCAGAGACCGCACACGUUAACCAGAGGCCAAAACGCACACAAACAUGAAACACUACAAACGCCUCACAACGUUACAGCCAACUACAGAUGAAUAAAAAACUACAUGACAUAAGGGUUCCGCGGAAUGAGUCAUCAAACAGUGAUUUACAGGAAGGGAAGAGACAGAUUUAGAAAAUGAUUAUUUGACAAGAAAUUGGUAAUUUUCAGUUUAAAGUAAAAACCUAAUUCUCCAUGUUUAUCAUUAAUAACUGCACAUGAUAGAGAAACGUCAGCAAAGAAACAUCUGCUGAGAUGUCGAUUGUUGAGUAAUUGGUUUGUCAAUCAACUGAACGCUAAUCACAACAGUCUCGAUUGUCAAUUUUUAGUCAAACAUUUAUUAGAUGCAGCUUCUCAAAUGUGAGAAUUUGUGGCUUUUCUUUGUUUUAGUUUUUGUUAAGUUUUGUUUGUUUAAAAGAAGAAGUUUGAAGACAAAACGGUUUAUUAACAAAAUUCAAUCGCAUAUAAAAAUAAUCAUAGGCCGAAGCCAUUCUGUUUUCUUGUAGCGUAUUUUAUAGGAAGAAGAAUGUAGGAAGAUUAAUGUGUAAUCUUUAGGGCCCGAGCGCUGACAAGGACCCUGCUGCUUUUUAGUUUUAAAACUGCAGGUGGCGUUAAAGUGAAAGGUUUUAAAUGGAGUUUGGUGCCACGACGCCUGAAGUGUAAAAACGUGUUGUUGGUUCGAGUGACACAUGAACCAGAGCAGACAGGAAACGUUUACCUCAGCAUCGCACUCUCUCUCUCUCCCUCUCACACGAAGCUGAACAGAGAGAGAGGGGUUUUCUUUCAGAGAAACUGUUGAUGAUACCAAUAACAAUAAUAUUGAUGGAAAUAAUAAUAGUAGUAGUAUUAAUUUUAUUUGUUUUUAUGACACCUUUUUUAUCUUGUAUGCUUACUCCAUGUAACACUUGUUCCGACUCCAUCUUGUAAUUCAAAUGAAACGUCUUUGUGCCUUUUUGUAUUUUUUAUUUUUGGGAUAAAAAGAAGGAAAAAAAUAUAUAAAUAUAUAUGUAUACGAUUUGCUAAAAUGCCUUGUUGUCAAGGCGACAGUAUCCCGCACUCUUUUUUUCAUGCUGUCUUCUCCUCGGCCUCCUCCUCUGUUCAUCAAGGGUUAAAAAGAAAAUAUACAAUUAGAACAUGUCAAUGAAAAUACUUUUUCUACUUGUGCCUUUCUGUGUCUGUCGUCUCGUCGUCUGCAUUUCGCUCCGUCUUCAUUCAUUGCUCAGUUCAUGGCUCCGCCCGGGACCCCGGUCGUUUCUACCCAACUUUUCUUUGCUCAUGUAUUUGUCUAUAUGGCCCCCCCACCCCACCCCACACCCCCAACCCCCAACCCCACCCCUGAUUGUUCAUCACGUUCUGUCCUUUUCUCAGUUUAAAACUCUUUGUGCCUUUCUCUGUCUCUUUUCUCUCUUUGCUGGGACCGUCAGUUGAGGGUGGCCGGUGUUUGUCUGUCCACCCCGUGUGGUUAGUUUCAGGUACUACAUUGAAUUUAAUGAUAAUGAUAUAAUAUAAAUAUAGUGAAACAGCA